AUGUCUUACGACAACGACCGCCGCGAAUCCUUCGACCCCACCGGCCGCCGCAAGUCGGUGGCCGUUCAGGUCAACCUCCGUGAUGACAUUGCCGACUACGACCGUGUCGUCGAGGACGCCCGCAAGGCCACCGAGUCUGAGCACCACCUGUCUAUUAUGCAGGGUCUCAGGAAGUACCCCAAGGCUUGUGCAUGGUCUAUGCUACUUUCCACCGCUAUUAUCAUGGAAGGUUAUGAUGUCGUCCUCCUCGGCUCCUUCUAUGCGCUGCCCCAGUUCAACCAGAAGUAUGGUCACCUGGGCCCCAACGGUGAAUACAUCAUCUCGGCUUCGUGGCAGGCUGGCCUCUCCAACGGCGCCCAAGUUGGUGAAAUUAUCGGCCUCGCCCUCAACGGUUGGGCUUCUGAACGCUUCGGAUACCGCCUCACGAUGAUGGUUUCGAUGGCCGCAAUGAUCGCAUUCGUGUUCCUUCCCGUCUUCGCACAUAACAUAGAGACUCUGCUUGCCGGUGAGAUCCUACAGGGUAUUCCUUGGGGUGUAUUCCAGACCUUGACCACCGCCUACGCCUCUGAGAUCACACCUGUCGUGCUCCGUCCGUACCUUACCGCCUACGUCAACCUCUGCUGGGUGUUUGGACAGCUUCUAGCUUCGGGUAUUCUUCGUGGCGUCCUCACUUGGGAAUCGCAGUGGGCAUACAGGAUGCCAUUCUGCCUUCAGUGGAUCUGGCCGGUACCCAUCCUCAUCGGUACCUUCUUCGCCCCGGAGAGUCCGUGGUGGGAGGUGCGCCACGGCCGCAUCGACAAGGCUCGCCACAUCGUUCGACGCCUCAACACCAACCCUACGGAUGAGUUCGUUGACAACCAGGUCGCCAUGAUGGUCCACACCAACGCUCUUGAGAAAGAGAUGUCGGAGGGCACAUCCUACUGGGACUGCUUCAAGGGUGUCGACCUUCGCCGUACCGAGGCGUCUUCCGGUGCAUGGAUGAUCCAGAACCUCUGUGGUUCUGCGUUUAUGGGUUACAGCACGUACUUCCUGGAGCAGGCCGGUUUGGCCCCAAGCUACGCGUUCGACAUGUCUAUUGCGCAGUACGGACUCGGUAUCGUGGGCACGCUUUCGUCAUGGUUCUUGAUGCCCCACAUUGGACGACGUCGUCUCUACAUUGUUGGUCAGAUCGGAAUGAUCAUUAUGCUAGUUACCAUCGGCGGCAUGGGCUUCAUCAGCAACUCCAACACAGGUGCACAGUGGGCAAUCGGAGGACUUCUCCUUGGCUACACUCUCAUUUACGACUCGACCGUUGGUCCCGUCUGUUACGCUCUUGUUGGCGAGCUCUCGUCUACUCGUUUGCGCGCGAAGACAGUGGUUAUCGCUAGAAUUAGUUAUAACCUGAUCGGCAUUGUUAACUCAGUCAUCAUGCCAUACUUCCUCAACCCCGAGAAACUCAACUGGGGCGGAAAGACUGGUCUCUUCUGGGCCGGCUUCUGUUUCCUCUGUCUCAUCUGGACCUACUUCCGCCUCCCCGAGCCUAAGGGCCGUACCUACGGUGAACUCGAUGUCCUCUUCGAGAACCGCGUCCCCGCCCGCAAGUUCCGCACCACCGUUGUCGACCAGUUCGCCUCCGAAGCUCACACCCCGCCCUCGGGCCACAUGGACGAGAAGAUGGCGGCCGACUACCAGCACAUCGAGCACUAG